AUGUCCCUACUGAUAUUUCUAUUGGUUGUCAUCAAAACAGAAGGUUUCCACUUUAUUAGUGAAGUGCCCAACCCUAUUAACAUAACAUUUAUUGAGAGUGCUGUAUCGAAAGGAGCAGUUUGCUUGGAUGGAAGCCCUCCGGCUUACCAUUUUGAUAAGGGAUUUGGAGAUGGAAUCGACAACUGGUUGGUUUAUCUUGAGGGUGGUGGAUGGUGUGAAACAGAAAGUAAGUGCAAAGCUAGGGCGCUUUCUAACUAUGGCAGUUCCUUUAGAAAGCCAAAAAUUUACUAUUUUGCAGGGAUGCUAAGCAAAACCCAAAUGAUCAAUCCUGAUUUCUACAACUGGAAUAGAGUAUUUGUUAGAUACUGUGAUGGUUCAUCAUUCGCAGGAAAUGUCGAAGCAGUUAAUCCGGAUACCAACCUUUACUAUAGGGGUGCAAGGAUUUUUGAGGUUGUGAUGGAGGAUUUGUUGGAAAAAGGGAUGAAGUAUGCUUCGAAUGCUAUACUCACUGGUUGUUCAGCCGGUGGAUUGGCUACAAUUCUGCAUUGUGAUCGCUUCCGAGCUCUAGUACCUGGUGCUAGUAGAGUGAAGUGCAUCUCUGAUUCUGGUUACUUUAUCCAUGCAAAAGAUGUUCCUGGAUUGAAAAGAAGAGAAAAACGCUUUGCUGGAGUCGUUAGACUACAUAUAACGUAUAAUUUGAAACCACAUCAUGGAGAUAAGCCUGGCUGGAAAAAUUGCACAAAAUAUACAAAACUUUGCAGCCCUGGCCAACUACAAACCAUAAGAGAUUUUCGAAUGGACUUCUUAAAAUCACUGCAAAAAGCAGGCAAUUCUUCAUGUACAGGAAUGUUUAUCAACUCUUGCUACCUCCAUUGUUACACCUACUCAACUGAAAGAUGGAAUUGCUCUGCCGGCUUUGGAAAUAAGACCAUGGCACAGGCCAUUGGCGACUGGUACUUUGAUCGCAAUUCGUUUAAAGGGAUAGACAUUACGCAUGAUGUGCCACAGGAGUGUACUCAAUGCUUAUAA